GGAAGGGCCUGCGAACACCAGCGCGAGACAGCAGAGGCCCGAGAGGGCGGAGAGCGGAGGCGGAGGGGGCGGGGAAGGGGUGCAGCGUCAGGCUGCGGCCGCGCGGCCGGCUCCGCCCCGGCCCUUCCCGGAUCGGAGGCCGCAUGGCUCUGGCUUCCGCCGCGGCCCGGCGCGGCGGCGGGGCUCGGAAUUUGCUGCAGUUCCUGCGGCUGGUGGGGCAGCUGAAGAGAGUCCCACGGACUGGCUGGGUAUACAGAAAUGUUGAGAGGCCAGAGAGCGUAUCAGAUCACAUGUACAGAAUGGCAGUUAUGGCUCUGCUGACCAAAGAUGACCGUCUUAACAAAGACCGAUGUGUACGCCUAGCCCUGGUUCACGAUAUGGCAGAAUGCAUCGUUGGGGACAUAGCACCAGCAGAUAACAUCCCCAAAGAAGAGAAACAUAGGCGAGAAGAGGAAGCUAUGAAGCAGCUAACCCAGCUCCUCCCAGAGGAUCUCAAAAAGGAGCUCUAUGAACUGUGGCAAGAGUAUGAGGCCCAGUCUAGUGCAGAAGCCAAAUUUGUGAAGCAGCUGGAUCAGUGUGAGAUGAUUCUUCAGGCAUCCGAAUACGAGGACCUUGAGCACAAACCCGGGCGACUGCAGGACUUCUAUGACUCCACGGCAGGAAAAUUCAGUCACCCUGAAAUAGUCGAGCUUGUAUCUGAACUUGAGGCAGAAAGAAAUGCUAACAUAGCCGCCGGUGCCCCCCGUGAACCAGGAUGCUGAGAUGUCUAUGUUGCUGCACUUCUGUAACAAACGUUUUAUUUUUCCCUUUCAUAGUACUGUGUUUUGUUGGUUUGUUGAUGUCCCCAGAUGUGAGUCUGUUUAGUUUCAGUUGCUUGGAGUCCAGCAAAAAAACAUGAUGUAAUUUGGGCAAUAAAAGAAGCUAUGGAGCAGAAUGUGGCCAUGAAAACACCAUUGAUGAAGACUGGGGGCAUUGGUGGUGGUGGCUGGGGGGGCUUUACUUUCUAUGAACUAAAUAAAUACAUCUUUAAAACCCUAAA